CCUCAACAAAAUGGUGUUGUAGAAAGAAAAAAUAGGACCAUUAUAGAAAUGGCUAGAACAAUGUUAUUAGAAUAUGGAACUCCUAGGUUUCUGUGGGGAGAAGCUGUUAUGACAGCUGUUUAUGUAAUAAAUCGAGUUCUAAUAAGAAAAGGCUUAGAGAAGACUCCUUACGAACGAGUAAAACAUAAGACUCCUAAUCUAAGCUAUUUCCAUCCUUUUGGAUGCAAAUGUUAUGUCUUGAAUACUAGAGAUUACCUAUAUAAAUUUGAUGCCAAAGCAGAACAGGCAAUCUUCUUAGGAUAUUCAAUUAAGGGACAAGCCUAUAGGGUUUACAACCUAAGGACAAGAAAAGUAGAAGAGUCGGUUUUUGUAAAAUUUGAUGAAUCUGCAUCCUCUGAGAAAGUGAAUGCAGAAGACAUAGAAUUUAUGAUUCCACUACCAGUUACAAAAGAAAAGAAGUCAGAAGAUUGUGAAACCAGUUUGGAAAAGCAUGAAGAUACCGCAGAAGAGCAGAAUCUCCUACCUAAAGAGAAAAUGCCACCUGCCCAUAUACAAAAACGAUAUCCAACAUCUCAGAUCAUUGGGGAUCUACAUGAAGGGAUACACACCAGAGGUAAGUACUGCCCAGGUCAGUAUGCAUUUGUCUCUUUACUAGAACCUAAAAAUUAUAAGGAAGCACUGACUGUUGAUGAAUGGUUGCAUGCUAUGCAAGAAGAACUUGUGCAAUUUACUAGGCUACAUGUAUGGGAAUUAGUACCUAGACCAUUUAACAAACUGAUAAUAGGAACAAAAUGGGUAUUUAGAAACAAAACAAAUGAACUUGGUGAAGUAACAAAGAAUAAGGCUAGACUUGUUGCACAAGGAUAUUUACAAGAGGAAGGAAUAGAUUUUGAAGAUUCAUUUGCUCCAGUUGCUAGAAUUGAAUCUAUAAGAAUGUUGUGUGCCUAUGCUUGCUAUAUGAAAAUCCCAUUAUAUCAAAUGGAUGUAAAAAGCGCUUUUCUAAAUGGGGAAAUUAAAGAGGAAGUAUAUGUGAGUCAACCCCCUGGGUUUGAAGAUCAUGAAUUUCCUGAUCAUGUUUUCAAAUUAUCAAAAGCUUUGUAUGGACUAAGACAGGCACCUAGGGCUUGGUACGAAAAAUUAACCUCCUUCCUCAUAACUAAAGGCUUUUCUCAAGGAAACGUGGACAAAACAUUAUUUAUCAAAAGGGAAAAUGAGGACACAUUAGUAGUGCAAAUAUAUGUUGAUGACAUUAUUUUUGGAUCAACAAACCCAAAUAUGUGCACAAGCUUCUGUGAAUUAAUGAAAUCCAAGUUUGAAAUGAGUAUGAUGGGAGAACUAUCUCAUUUCUUGGGUCUACAAAUUAAACAAACUAAAUCAGGAAUGUUUAUAAGCCAAACAAGUUAUACUGAAUCUAUGCUCAAAAAGUUUAAUAUGAGCACAGUCAAUACAUGUUCUACACCAAUGGCAACAAACUUAAAAUUAGACAAAGAUAAAUCUGGAAUUUCUGUUUGUGAAAAGAAAUAUAGAGGAAUGAUAGGAUCUCUCCUCUAUUUAACAGCAAGCAGACCUGAUAUACAGUUCAGUGUUGGAGUGUGUGCCAGAUUUCAAUCAGAUCCUAAAGAAAGUCAUUUAAAGGCAGUUAAACGAAUAUUUAGAUACCUCAAGGGAAUUACUGAACUAGGACUGUGGUACCCUUUCUCUAAUUCUUUUGAACUCUCAGGCUAUAGUGACUCAGACUUUGGGGGUAGCUUAGUUGAUAGAAAGAGUACAUCUGGAAGUGUACAAUUUCUAGGACCUGCUCUUGUAUCUUGGUUUAGCAAGAAGCAAGGAGCAGUUGCAUUAUCCACUGCUGAGGCUGAAUACCUUGCAGCUGGAAGUUGCUGCACUCAGAUUAUGUGGAUGAAGACACAAUUGUCUGACUAUGGGUUUCAAAAUGAAAAUAUCCCUAUCUGGUAUGACAAUACGAGUGCUAUAUGCAUGACAAAAAAUCCUGUACAACACUCUAGGACUAAGCACAUAGAAAUAAAAUUUCACUACAUAAGAGAUCUAGUGCAAGCAGGACAUGUAAGCCUACAAUUUAUACCCACUGAACACCAACUAGCCGACCUAUUUACAAAGCCUCUAUCAAAUGAACGUUUUGCACAUCUCUGCACCGAAUUAGGAUUGAGAUCUUUUAGCCAAAUCUAGUUUGAAAAAGCUAAAAGAACCAUUGGGUAUGCUGUGUUCUAGGUAGAUGAGUAUUAGGAUUAAACUUUUAGCUAAAUUUCGUUUCUAAAAGCUAAAAAACCUAUUGGCUGUGUUUACCUUGGUUUACAACAAUGAGAUUGCCCUCUAGAUCAUGCGUGUAAAAUUGUAUUUUCAUUCUAAUCAUUACGCUUCAGUAAAGGAAAAUAAAACUCUUCGUAUUCCCCUUCCCUCUACUUUCCUUCUCUAUUUAAACCUCUCCCCCAAGUCUUUCUCUCCUCACCCUGCUCAAACAGUCAUAACCCGAAAAACCAUCCACAAUUUCUCUGUAAAAAAAAAAAAAACAAAACAAAACCCAUCUCCACCAAGAAAAUGAGUGAUCAUCUGCCCCGACCCUUUCGGUUCGAAGGCCUAGUGCACACCUAUCCAGGGUACAUGUUCCAUGAGCCUGUCGUGAUAAACCAUCAUCGUCACCUCCAGCACUUUGAGAAUCGAAGGCUGCACCAUAACAUCCAGCUCGACCCCUAUGAGUUCAAUCUCUACAAGUACGACAUCAUGUCGCUCAUAGAGGCUCUGGGGUGGGACUAUCUCCUUCGACAGCCACUUCAUCCGGCUUGUCCUGGUGCAGUCAAGUAUUUCUAUUCAAACCUUAGAUGUCAAGGAAUCAGUACCAGGAGCUUCUCAACAGUCGUCUAUGGACACCUUCUGACCAUUCCAGUAGGUGCUCUAAAUGGAAUCCUCGGGUUUCCAGUUCAAGGGCUUGAUAUUGCUCAUCCCUCAGAAUUCUGGAAGCAAGAUUUCAUCCUUCCUACCGAGUAUGCCAACUUUUCAACUGAGCCUACAGAAGGAACUGAUGUGCCCAUUCCUAUUGGCUGGCUAUCCCCACGCCUCAGAAUUUUCCAUCACUUCAUCACCCACGUGUUUUUUCCUAGAACAUACAAUCUCGAUGUUGUUCUGCCUCUGGAUCUCUGGAUCAUUGCGAGUGCCACAGCUGGGCGCAAGUUGGAUUACUCUAGCCUCAUGUUUGCAAACCUCCUUCCAGCUGGAGAUGAGCAUUACCAAGGAUUGCUGCCUUUCGGAUCCAUCAUCACUAGACUGCUGGUCAACCUGGGAAUUGAUCUGUCAGACUUCAGGAGUGUAUCCCACACAAUGUACGUUGGAGCUCUUAACGUGUUAAUGAUCCUGGAUUUACCUUCCGACGUCUCACCUUCACCACCACCUCGCCCAUCUGGAUCCUUGCUUGGUCCUGUCCCAAAAACUGCUUCCAGUAAAGGAAAGUCUACUGCUGGUGAAUCCAGCAAGAAUGCAAAUCUGGUGUUUACUGUUUCUGAUGGAAGUUCCUCCUCAGACGAUUCAGCUGCUUCAGUCCCAUAAGAACCUUCUCCUCUUGUCUCUUAAUCCCCUUCUAGCUUCUAGGGGGAACUCUUUAUUAGAUUUAGUCUUCCCUUUCUCUUCUAGCUCUCUUUAGGUAGUUUUCCAGUAGGUUUGGCUUAGUCGUAGAUGUUCAGGGGGAAUUUUUGUUAAAGGAGUUGGUUCCUUUAUUAUCUGAUGCUUAUAUUUUGUAAUUCCCCCUUUUUUCAAAAGUAAUAUAUCAGUAGCUUCAGAUAAAUGCUUUCUUUGCUAGAACUACGCUGCUGGCUGCUCUUUGUUUGUUUGUUGCUUGCUUUUCAGGUUAAGACCAGACUUCUUGGACGAAGGGGGAAAUUGAUGAAAGAUGCCGUCAUCCUCAAUCAAUGGACACGGCGCCGUUUUACUUGAAGUCAGGCGGUGACGUUUUGGGUGGCCUAUCGACACACGGCGACGUUUUGUAUCUGCGGCAUCUCACUCAAAUAUCGUCCUUCAAAGUCUUCUCUGGGCAAAUCCAUAGUUCUUCUCAAACCUAGCCUCCCACCUAGAGAGAUCAGCAGCAGAGCUAUAGGCGGUUCGUCGGUGAUCAUACACAGACAUCACCGACUCCUGCAACGGACUCAUUUCUCCAGCAAACGGUCAUCUCCCUAUUCCAGUAUAAAUAGACUCAUCUUUA